AUGGCUCCUACGCUCGACAUCACUCAUAUUGGCACUGCCACUGCGAUCCUGACUAUCAACGGAGUGAACUUCCUAACGGAUCCCUUCUCUUUUCCCUGCCGGAACUACCACGAAGAUCACCCGGACAACUUAGAUGAGCUUGGUCGCCUGCUCCUAGACGGGCGCCGAGUCUUCACCACCGUCGAUGGAGGCAAGAACCUCGCACCACGUCCAGCUGUUCAUGGCAUGAAGCCAUGGGAGGAGAUCGAGAGCAAGAUCGGAGGGAAAUCCUUCAAGAUAAUGGCUACUCCGACCCAGCACGUCCCAGGAAACGAAUGUACCGGCUUUAUCGUGACCGGUGAAGACUUCGGGCAUGGCCGUGAUGGUCUCCCCAACGCAAUCUACUUUACUGGUGAUACUGUCUACAUCGAAGAGUUGGACUCAAUUGCAGACCGAUUUCACAUCGUUGCCGCCGUGAUGAACCUGGGUAAUGCACAUGCCCCCAUCUCAGAAGACCCCAAUGCCCCCCCUUAUGCAAAUAACCAUGGGCGGCAAGGAUGGGGCCACACUCUUUCGCGCUAUCAAAGCCGACGUGCUCGUUCCGAUGCACUAUGA